AAUUCUCCAGAUGUCGUUCCUUCACGAGACGACAAAUCGUUUUAGAUCAGAGAAAUCAACUACGAGGUUUCGUUUUAGCGCGCUCGCCCGCCGGCGCCGGAAGAGGCUUCGAAAUUCGAAGAAUCUCAAACUCUGUUCACGAAUCUCGUCUCUCUCUCUCUCUCUCUGAAUUCGACUCCGAGCGGCUCACAAUAAUCCCUCAAGUUCUGUAGCUGGAAAACAUCAAGUUCUGAGAUUGGAGGUGUAGCAAAUAUAGUAUCUUCUCUGGUCUUGUCUUAGGUGAAAGUGGACGAAGGUUGGCCGUUGGAUUGAGGUUGCCGGCAGCGGUGAUUCUGGACCAAAGCAUUACAUUUUGAUCAUUCGAGAGCUCAAGACAUAAGCCAAUUCAACUUGUUUUCCACUGUAGCAUCUAUUCCAAAUCCAGCUGGUCUUACUCCUAUAUAAUGACAGAUACAGGUGAAAAUCAGCAGCCUGAACAAGUCUGUAGCUUCUUCAAAAAACCCACAAAGAAUAAAAACAUCAGGAAACGGACGAUUGAUGAAGAUGAGGAGGAGGACUCUAAAACAGAGACUUCGUUGCUGCUAAAUCAGAAAAAGGCUCUCAAGACUGAAAGCAAGCUUUAUUUUUCUUCUGGACCCUCUAAAAGUUCCUUGUCUAAUGAGUCAAAUGUGGAAUCCGAUAAACCAAUUUUCCAAUUUGAGUCUUCAAAAGAAAUUCAAGUUCACCAUGAUAGCAAAGCUACUGCUACACUUGAAACAGAGACUGAGUUCUCAAGAGAUGCACGAGCAAUCCGUGAGAGAGUUUUGAAGCAAGCUGAUGAGGCUUUGAAGGGUAAAGGAAAGAGUUCUGGGGAUGAGAAGAAGUUGUAUAAAGGGGUCAAUGCCUAUGUGGACUACAAGGCUGGCUUCAGAAGGGAACAAACAAUUUCAAGUGAAAAAGCUGGUGGAGCACAUGGGCCGCUUAGAGCUUCUGCUCAUAUAAGGGCUUCAGCAAGAUUUGAUUAUCAGCCUGAUAUUUGCAAGGAUUACAAGGAGACUGGUUACUGUGGUUACGGAGAUGCAUGCAAGUUUAUGCAUGAUCGAGGGGAUUACAAGUCUGGGUGGCAGUUGGAAAAGGAAUGGGAGGAAGUAGAGAAAGCAAGGAAGAGAAAAUUAGCUAUGGGAUCUGAUGAAGGGGAUGAGGAUACUGCAGAACAGAGUGAUGAAGAUGAGGAAGAUGCCUUGCCAUUUGCAUGUUUUAUUUGUCGCGAGCCAUUUGUAGAUCCUGUUAUGACCAAGUGCAAACAUUAUUUCUGUGAGCAUUGCGCACUAAAGCACCAUGCAAAGAAUAAGAAAUGCUUCGUUUGCAACCAGCCUACGCUCGGGAUCUUUAACACAGCUCAUGAGAUACGGAAAAAGAUGGCACAGAGUAAAUAAGUAUAUUCUUUGACCCGCAUUGGUCCCUGACCACGGUCUUUCAAUUUGUAGCAGUAUUAUCUCUCUCUUAUUUUUCAUGAGGAAAGUUUCCAAUACUAUUUCUUGAAGCCUGCAAUCAAGACCUGUUCCAGCAUGAGGUUGGAGAAGCUUGGAAUCUCUCUUGAAAUAUGGGAAUAUCAGUUUUAGGAGUAGUUUCUAUAAAAAUGGUUGUCUCUCGUUUCCUCUCUUUGAAUUGGAUGAUAUUUUUAAAUAUCCAGAAAUCUUUCAAUGAUCUACAUGUGUUCCUCAAGUUUGAAAUUGAGAACUAUACUCUGACUACAUAACAUUUGGCAAUUAGAAGCUCACGAGAUGGACAGCAUCAAGUUAUCUACUCGGAUAUUUUUUAACCAGGACUCUUUGUUGAACCCAACUGUAUUUCUAACGUUCUCUGCCUUUAGACUAGAUGGCAUCAAGUUAUCUACUCGGAUAUUUUUUUGUUUGUAUUUGCAAAUUUCCGUUGUCACUUCCCAGAGAUCAUGCGAAUAUGACAACAAUAGGAACCGGACAUUGUGGAGCUCUGUAAAUACAUGUAUAUGUUGACACUGCCAGUAAGUCAGCAACCUGUAUGCAGGCAACCUGAAUCUAAGAUUCUUUAGUUACGAUUCCUGUAGAUGCAUCGUGAUUCAACUUGAGUCAGAUGAGUAUAUGGAUAAGUUUUAAUUUA